AUGCUUUCGUUGAAAGAUCUUGCCGAUAAAAUAGCAGCAGAGUUGCAAAAUUGCUAUUUCGCUGGUGCAGAGUUGUAUGGAAAAAGGGAUGGCGAGUUGCAGCCGUGCAAAAUCUUGAAGGUAGUGACAGAUGGGGAUAGUAAACCUCACUAUGAGGUAGGCUUCCUUGACAAAGAUAAGGAAAUAAAUGAAAACACAGUGCUGUUUGGGGAGGAGCUGUCAUGGAAGAAGUUUCCAUUUAGUAGAAAUUUUCUGAAGUCUUUCAUCCGGGAGUCCACUUGCCAUAGUAUACCUUGGGUAGUUAAAGAGUAUCUGGUUAAAGCACAUGGGAUCACGAGUAAGAUUCCCAAGGAACUACAGAACAAAUAUGUCUAUCAGAAUGGAGAACUGGUUCAGCAAAGGAAACAGGAAGAUAAAACCGGAAAGGAAAAAGGAAAAAGAAAGAGAGCCGAAAAUGACAGACAUGAGGAGACAGAUAGAGAGGUUAAUGAGACUGAGGAAGAGCCUAUCAAUUAUCCAAUUGAAGAUUUACUGUUGCCACUUGAUCCCAAUGAUGCUGAUAUCACUCCGCGUCCUUCUCCUUCACGGGACUUUAGUGUUCCAAUGGAUUGUAUUGGGGAUCUUCUUAUGGUCUGGGACUUUUGUUCCUCAUAUGGUAGGCAGCUGCAUCUAUGGCGAUUUUCUCUUGAGGACUUUGAAAAUGCUGUCUGUCAUAAGGAGAGUAAUUUGGUUCUUAUCAUGGAAGUGCAUGCCUGUCUUUUCCGGUUCCUUAUCAAUGAAGGCAGUGGUCGUUUCAAAGCUUUACAGCGAAGGAGUCGCAAGUCAAAGAUAACAUUGAUCACAUGGACAGAGUUUUUAUGUGAUUUCCUGGAAUCAGUCGAGACUCCUGAUUUGUGCUCUGACAUUGGAACAAUCAAACGAGGACAUUAUGGUCUACUCGACCCCAAUUUAAAGUUGAAAAUCUUAAGGGAAUUAGUGAAUCGUAUAACUGAAACAAGUGUGUUCAAGGGGGAAGUAGAUGAACUUGUUGAACAACGACAUGCCCUUGGAGCUGCUAGAAGAGAAGAAGCAUUGGCGGAGGCCCGACAGAAAAGAGAGGAGAAAGAACGGUCCAAAACUGGUGAUGAAGCUGAUGGAGUUUCGGACAAUAACAGAAUGGAGAAAAAGAAAAAUAGCCCACAAGUAGUAGAAAACAGCAAAGACAGCAAAAUGAAAGAGAACACUGCGGGGGAAAUCAAGAUGGAGAAUGGGUUUGUUUCUUCAGAAAAAAAUGAAAAAACAGAGAAAAGGUUUGGCUUAACUAUAUACGCAUAA